UAGCUGUUCAAAUUGAGGCUUAAAAAAACACAUGACUUUUCUGUGACUACAAUUUUUCUGUUGGGAUUAAAUCAUGUUUCUUGAACUAGAAAAUCCUCGUCAUUAAGCUUCUUUACCGCGUUGCUUUUCUUUCAAUUUAUCGGAAUGAGCUCAAAAGAUAUAAGGACAAGUUCUGUUUGAGAGAUCUGCAGAUCAACUCGAACACCGGGAUUUGUGCACAUUUAAUUCGAAUUGGAGUUAAUGUUUUUUCUGAGUUCUCAGAGAUAAUUGGGUUAUCUUUUUUCUGUGUUUGCGGAGCGAUUUUGAGCUAAAUGUGUGAGACUCGAGGAAAUUGAUGUCUGGCUUGCCUGAAACAAUGCUACAUGUUUGCCGGGUUUUCUGUGAGGCAUUUGCCAGGAUAUGCGUAGGGUUUUGGUGAUGGCAUUAGGGUUCAACAUCUGUAGCAUUGUGAAUUGGUUUACUUAGGUGAACAAUUGCAGCGUUUUUCCGUGAGCACGUGAUUGUAGAUCUGGAACUGUGAAAAUUCUGUUUCGUUGGGCUUUGCUGUGGCGAGAAGACAAUUCAAAAGUAUUAGUGUCCCAAUAAACCCAAGUAAGCACGUCAUGAUUUGAUUUUGACUUGGUGAUGCGUUGGGCUCAAGUUCUUCCACCUGUUUCUUAGAACCACUCAAGUCCGAACCUCGGCCAGCAGGGGGGCUUACUGAGCUCACACCACAGUUCAUUACCCCAGUGUGUUUUGCUACAGCAACCGUCCCACCUGGAUUUAAUGCAAUGCCACCAAGCCAGGGAAUUCUUCUACUACAGAUAAGAAUGGGGUCCCUCUGCUCAACGAAUUGCCGCACCUUACAGUCCACAUCGCUUACCUCUAUGUUUCCAUUGUAAAUUAUUGACCUAUAUGACUGGGAGUUGGCUGGUAUAGCAAGAGCCAUGUACCAAUUUCAAAUUGAGGUUUAAAUGUCUGCUAGUCUGACUGCCGUGUCACCGAAGUUAUGGACGUUGCUGAGAAUUGUUCUUUUAGCGUGGGAACUUCGCUUAUUGGCAUGUGGUUAUGAUAUGAGAAUGUUGGAAUCAGAGUAGCCAUAUUUUGAAGCUGAGCAGAAGGAGCAAUGCCGCUAGUGAGGUAUGAAAUUAGAAAUGAAUACAGCCUUGCAAACUCAGAGCUGUACAGAUCGGCUGGCAAAGAUGAGCCCCAAGCCUUACUGGAAGGAGUGGCAAUGGCAGGCCUGGUUGGCAUUGUGCGCCAGUUGGGUGACCUAGCAGAGUUUGCUGCAGAGAUCUUUCAUGAUUUACAUGAAGAAGUCAUGGCAACUGCUGCAAGAGGGCAUGGACUCAUGAUUCGUGUGCAACAACUUGAAGCUGAGUUUCCUUUAGUUGAGAAGUCUCUGAUGUCUGAAAAAAACCAACUUCGUUUCGCAUAUGCAAUGGGUGCUGAUUGGCAUGCUAGUAUUCGCAAUGACCAGAACCAUUUAACUCAAGGUGACUUGCCUCGGUUUAUUCUCAACUCGUAUGAGGAAUGUCGAGGGCCUCCAAGGCUGUUUCUUUUGGACAAGUUUGAUGUUGCAGGUGCAGGUGCUUGUUUGAAGAGAUAUACAGAUCCUUCAUUUUUCAAAAUGGAAUGGGCUAGCACUGAACUCAUGAAAGCUGAAAAAGCUCAAAGAGAUAAGAAAGCGCGCAGAGUAAAGAAAAAAGGACGGAGACGAAGGAAUGGUGACACUGCAGAUGUUACACCUGUUAAUGGCAGGGUUAGAUAUUCAUCUCUAGACCUUGAUCAUCCAAAGCGUGUGCCCAGCAGCACGGUGAAUACAUCAAAUCAAAAGCUGAAGUCUAAAGAGAUUGAUAAAUCUCCUCCCCUGAAACAGCAGAUUGAAAGAUAUCAUAUGAAGGGUACAUUAAAUAUUUCUUCACCUCAGAAAGAUCAGCAUAGGCACAAAGAAUUUUUAGUUGGGUUUGACAAAAAGUUGAACUCAAAGCAUUUGAAUGCAUCUCCUGUUCAGGAUCAAGUAAUAGACAAGUAUUAUGUGGAAGCUCCUUACAAUAAAUCUUUUUCUAAUGAGGAUGCCCAAGAAUCAUCUUCUCGUGUGUGGGAAGAAAAACCUGCAGAUAGAGUUGUUAACAGUGUAAAGUUGGGGAAUGAUCUUACCAUGGUUUCCUCUACAGAGUCUUGGUCACCAAGGAAUGUUGCAGAAGGAAUAUCUCAGAACAUAAUUGGAGCAGAGCAGAAGGAUGUUUUGGUUCAUGAUGAAAGAAGACCCGACAUUCAGGUGGUUGAAAAUGAGAAUGAUGAUGUAGCCAGUGAAGCUGAGAAUUAUAUGGAUGCUCUUGCUACCAUGGAAUCUGAAACAGAGACAGAUUCUGAGACCAAAACAAAACAAGAGGUUGAUUUUGACAUAAAUUCAGAACAUAAAGAAAGUGGCAGAGAAUUAAGUGAGAGGCAUGCUCAGUAUUCUGAAUUUGCUAAUGCUGAAGCUACUGCAUUCUACAAUUGUGACUCAUCAGAUGAAUCUUCGAAAGUAGAAACGUUGUCAGAAUUUUUCUACAAACCUGCAGAUAUUUCUUUAAGUGCAGAAUCAAUGUUAAACACUGUGAAUGCCACAUCAGAAUGUGAUUCUGCAACUGUGGACAUAAACAGGAGGCUUGAUUCUGGACCUUUAUCUCUUACAACAUCGAAAGAAGAUUCAGCUUAUGCUUUUGAUAAUGGAAGUUCAUUGUUCUCUGAAACUUGUAAGAAUGUACAAGUACCUUUAGAUGAGAAGGUGCAUGAGUUGCAUGCUCAGUGUUCAGUAUUUACUGAUGCUGAAGAUCAUGCCUUGAACAAUUGUGACUCAUUAGAUAAGUCUUCAGAUAUAGAAAAUUCAUUGGGGUUUUUCAAUAGCAAGCCCACAGAUGUUUCUUCAAAUGUCGAAUCAAUGCCAUACACACUGAACAACACAUCAGAAUGUACUUCUGCAAAUGUGGACCAGAACAGAAGGCUCUACACUGAACAUUUAUCUGUUGGAAUGUCCAAGGACUUGGAUUCUUCUUUUGAUAAUGAAAUUCCAAUUCACAUAGAAGCUCUUGAGAAUGGCCAAGAAGCUCUUAAGAACAACCAAAUACUUUUGGAUGAGAAGAUACAGAUGGAGGCCGAUGUAACUUCAGAAGAGGGGAUGCUCAAUGGUAGUGAUGUGCCACCUGUUGUUGAUGCUGCAUCUACUAUAGUUGAUGGCAAUGUUGGGAUCGAUGAGUUUGAAAAUGAAGAAUUGUCUUCAGCAUUUCAAAAUAAAGAUGGAACAGGUGCUUUCACAAAUUCUGCAGCUAUUGCUGGAAUUGACAAUGCAGAAGUGUCCUUCAGAUUCCCGACUUUUGAAUCAUCUCUUCUCAGCAAUGAAGAAUUGCAAAUUCUACACAAGGAACCAGCUGCAAAUUCUGAAUGCUUUGAGGGCAUAGAGUCUGGUGGUGAUCUGCAAACAUCAUCUCCCGAGGUGCGUAAAGAUGAGGAUUAUGGUAAUUAUCAUAGCUUUUCUAAUUCUAAUAUAAAAGAGUCAGUUGAUAACUCUGAGCUGGCUGGCAGCAUUGAGAAUGUCGUAAUGCAAGAUAACCAAAUAUACAUUGAUUUGGAAGCCAAUGAUGAGGAAAAUGAAAUGCUUGAAUCCAUAAAGAAUGAUUCUUCUGAUACUCAAUAUGUCCAAUUGCCAAGUGGAUCCUCAUCUCCUGAGUUGGUUGGGCAAAUCUCUGCUGAAUCUGAUUUAAAUAUUGAAUUUGGUGAAUAUUCAGCUGAAAGCAAACCUCAAGAUUCUUUAAAUGAUGAAUAUAUUGCACCUGGCAUGGAUUCUGACUUUACAGACGAACAAGGCUGUCCAGAUAUGCCUCUUCAUCAUGUUCCAUCUGUCAUGCAAGCAAUAGUUGCAGGUGAACUUGAAGAACCUACAGAAUAUGCAUUUGAAAAAGAGUCUCCAAAGUCAGUUGGAGGAUUCCAAGACAGUGAUCUGGCACAAUCUGAAAGCAAUGAAUCAAAACUAUAUGCAAGAUCUCAUGACAUCCCUCCUCAGUCAAAUGUGCUUGAUGGUUACCAAGGCAAUCAGAUAAUCGAGAACUAUUCAAGCAAUGGAUCAAUUAUAGAGGACUCAAUUGCUUGUUCGGGAGUUGAUCAGAGUGUCUCUUCUGAUGGCACUGCGUUACUAUUUAAAAAUGUUGUGGAUGAUAUUCCCAUGAAGGAAGUGAAUUUUCAUUCAGAAGAGCCUGUGGCUGUUGAUUCUGCUACUGUUAAAUUCCCUUUCCUUGCUUGCGAGGCAGACAAUGCUUGCAGAAAAGAGCUAUCUAAUGAAUUUCCUCAUGUUGAGACCUCCAUUAAUAAUGGAGUGCUUCCUGAUGGCUCUCCACGUUUCAGAUCUAUGGAGCUUUGCAAUGAUGGUGGGACAUAUGAGAAUGGGAUAAACGUCAAGUCCAACUCAAAUCAUAAUCUCAGAGAACCUACUGAGUUAUUCGGUUCCCCGCCUUCUGCAAACUCGUUUUCCAAGAAAUCACAUACAAGUUCUUCUCGUGCAGAAGCAGAAAUGCAAAUUCUUUAUGCCAUACCACCAGUUAAGCCUAAUGCUAUUACGUGUCAUUCUAGAUCUAUCCAGAACAGCAGUGAUGGUGUUUCAUUCGAGAACAAUGUUGACACUGAGAUUAAUGGCAAUCCUCACCUUGUAGCUACUGAAGAAUUCAGCUCAUCAGUUUCUGCAAAUUCAUUUUCUGAGACGGUUUAUACAGGUUCUCUUCGUGCUGAUCAAGACAUGCAUAUUCUUCAUGUCAUACCACCGGUGAAGCCUGUUGGUGCUGAACCACAUGCAGAGUCACCAAAAAACUUACCCAAAGCAGUAGACUAUGAUAGUGAACUGCCUUCACCUUUCAUACCACCGGUGAAGCCUGUUCGUGUUGAACCACAUCCAGAGUCACCGAAAAACUUACCCAAAACAGAAGUUUAUGAUAGUGAACUACCUUCCCCUCCUCUUGAGCAUAUAAAGAUAUCCUUCCCUCCUGGUUCUGAUUCACCACUAUCUAUGUAUUCAUUGACCAGUGACCGUGGUUCUGAAUCCCCAAGUAUUGAAAGACAUCAGCCAUCUGAGAGCAAAGCAGAUAAUCUAUCUUCCUCUUUCCAUUUAUUACCAGAACCUGCAAUUCCAUUGCAUCAGGCAGAUGCGAAUCAAACCAUUGGGAUAAUGGGUUCCUUGUCAUCACAUGGAAAAAGAAAGUCAUUUGAAACUCUCUCAGAUAAGAUGCAUAUCUCACAAAUGAGAGAUACAGAAGGUGAUUCCGAAGAUGAAGGUUGGAAGGAAUUUGGGAAAUCAUCACCAGAAGAUUUUCAUGAGUUUUACAAUCAGUCUCUAGAAUCUACUGAUGGACUUAAAGUCUUUUCUGGAAGAACUGCAGUUAGUGAUGCGGACACCGGUUCACCAGGAGUUUUAUCAACAAUAUCUAGAACAAGCUCAUUAAGUCCGGAGGAAACCAGGAAUUCUUUGUUGAAUCUCAAAUAUAGUAGUGCAGAUGCAGGAUCAAGUUUGUCACACUCACGCAACAUAUCUCUGGGAUCGUCUCCAAGGUCUCUUGCAAUUAGUGAACCUCACUCCCCUGUUUCUGGUGAAGAGACAUUUCACAGAAAUCAAGAUUUAUCUUGGAGCCAUUCUCCUCCAUUAGAUACGAAGGCAUCAGUGCAAACUUUCUCUACAUUAGAGUCGAAUUCAGAAUGUAAUUGGAAUGACAUGCCACCACCUCCAGAAAUUUGUCUCAAAAAUGAAGAUUUAUCUAGGAGCCAUUCUUCUGCAUUUGAGUCCGGGGCAUUAGAUCAAACCUCCACCUUAGAACCCAAUUCAGAAUGUAACUUCCAUCAGUUGCCACCACCUCCCCCUCUUCUUCCUUCGGAGAGGCAGAUGAUGAAGUCCCACCAAAUGUCUUCGUUAACAUUUUUAGGGGGUGAACCACCAACUCCACCUGCACUUCCUCCUCCAUUAACAAUGACCAGCUUGAUUCAGGAUCCUUCUCCAAGUUUGGUGCCUCCCAUACAGAUGUCCUCUAAUGACCAAAGGGAUUCACUCAUUGAGGCCAUUGCUUCACAUGACAAAGCCACGCUUAAGAAAGUUCCUAAAGAUAUUCAUUCUAUAAGUACAAAAUCUGUCGAUGAAAGAGAAGAAUUGCUGGAACAAAUAAGAACUCGGUCAUUCAAUUUGAGACAUACUUCUGUGGUGAAGCCAAAUAUUCCAAGGCCUGCAACAAAUAUUAAUGUGGCAGCAAUCUUAGAAAAAGCGAAUGCAAUCCGGCAGUUUCAGGCAUUUGCUGGAAGUGAUGAAGAUGAUGAAGAUGAUGAAGAUUGGAGUGAUACUUAAUUGAAGUCACAUUGCAGAUUAUAUGGAGCUCUCUUGAUGUAUGCAUCUGUAAUUAAAUUGUUCUACAAAAAGCUGGCAGAAUUCUGAAUGAUUGGAUUCAUUUUCCCAGUAAAUGAUGCAAACCCAAGACAUCCCGUCCAACAUAAUAUAGAUCACGUUGAUCAUAAUGCAUGCACCCACUUUGUAUCUUUACCAUGAGCUAGUGAAAUAAGCCAUCUGAGGAUCAUACCACAUCAUUUUCAUUGGCAUCGAUCUGUCCAGGCAUGAAUUGAUGUUAUUCAUGAAUAUACAUGCUUAUCCAGAACUUUCCUUUAAAGCUAAUGUAUGAUAGUUCAACAUGUUUCCCAAAAUCUAGAACAAAUGUUUAGAAAUUCAUGUCUAGCCUGGUUAAUUGUAUCAAUAUCUGUAUAAUCUUCUGUAUGUUGUGCCAUAGUAGUUUGCAGGUUUUAUAAGAUGAUACUGUGAAGCUUCGUUGCUAUUGCUUCAUGGAGCAUGAGGUUUAUUCAUGUUUCUGUCCAUUGUAGUGGCUUGUACUAUUAUAUUGCACUCCCGCAGCAAGGGCUAAUGAAAUAAUUCUGAGAUGGUCGUAUGGCUACGCUUUUUGCAAUUUUCUCAGAUAACUAAUUUUUUUGGUAAUCUAUGAAAUAAACAACAUUGUCAAUCUUAUUCUUCA